CCCGGCGCGCGCUCUCGACAGCUCGGGCGGCCGCUGGGCGGGGCGGGGCACUCUGCGGAGCCGCUCUGCUUGCGUCCGCCUGUCUCAGCCUAGGGUGGGCGCCGGACCUGGGAGGCGCAGGGCUGUAAGCCAGACGAAAAGAAACUUCGGGGUGUCCGGAGUGCCAAGUGGCGGCAAGCGGUGGACUUUUCUGCGGGGCCUUUAGGAUUUGCAGCUCCAGGAAGCGAGAUGUCGAAGCCGCCACCCAAACCAGUCAAACCAGGGCAAGUUAAAGUCUUCAGAGCGCUGUAUACGUUUGAACCCAGAACUCCAGAUGAAUUAUACUUUGAGGAAGGUGAUAUUAUCUACAUUACUGACAUGAGCGAUACCAAUUGGUGGAAAGGCACCUCCAAAGGCAGGACUGGACUGAUACCAAGCAACUAUGUGGCUGAGCAGGCAGAAUCCAUUGACAAUCCAUUGCAUGAAGCAGCGAAAAGAGGCAACUUGAGCUGGUUGAGAGAAUGUUUGGACAACAGAGUGGGCGUUAAUGGCUUAGACAAAGCUGGAAGUACUGCCUUGUACUGGGCUUGCCAUGGGGGUCACAAAGAUAUAGUGGAAAUGCUAUUUACUCAACCAAAUAUUGAACUGAACCAGCAGAACAAAUUGGGAGACACAGCUUUGCAUGCUGCUGCCUGGAAGGGUUAUGCAGAUAUUGUCCAGUUGCUUCUGGCAAAAGGUGCUAGAACAGACUUAAGAAACAAUGAGAAGAAGCUGGCCUUUGACAUGGCUACCAAUGCUGCCUGUGCAUCUCUCCUGAAAAAGAAACAGGGAACAGGUAUUUGUUUUAAAUCCUUCUUUCUCCUCUGGUGUUUCAUAACUAAGAUUUAUUAACUUAGAAUUGCGCAA